CAAGCGGUCCGGCGACCCAUGCCGCCUCGAUGACUCCGCCUCAAAGCGCCAACGGCAAGAAGGAGGCUCCCGAGGGCGUGCCUUCCGAGCUGUCGGACCUUGAACUCGAUCACGGUGUCUCCGGCGCCCCGGAAGAGAUACCAUCGGUGGAGGCAGAUGAUGAUCUGAUCGAGCCAGACCACUACUAUGGUGGUGGCAAGAUCCCGGUUUUCAAGCCGGUGAGUCGCUUGGUCUUCCACCGUGGGAGUCCGAUCGUCUGGCUCCUGUAUUGGACGCUUGGGCUAACUGGGAAAUCGCUAGACCAUGGAUCAGUUUCGGGACUUUCAGUCGUUCAUCAACAAGGUUGAGGAGUAUGGGAUGCGGUCGGGUAUCAUUAAAAUCAUACCUCCAAAAGAGUGGUCCGAUGCCCUGCCGCCCCUCGAUGAAGCCGUCAAGAAGAUCCGCGUAAAGAAUCCAAUCAUGCAAGAGUUCCAUGGUUCGCACGGAACAUACACCCAGGCCAACAUCGAGAGACAGCGAUCCUACAACUUGCCCCAGUGGAAAGGGCUUUGUGAAGAAAGCAGCCAUCAACCUCCCGCACGCAGAGGUGAAAGACGCCGGAACCAAGAGCGAGUUAACCGUGCCACUACGGCGCCCCGAAACCGGACACCUCGAGCCGACUCGCAAAAACGCCGACCUGGCCCUGGCCGCCCACCCAAACGAUCUAACCAGGUCAAAGUCAAAGAAGAGCCUCCCGCGGAGGAAGGGAUUGAUAAGAUCAAGCCGGAAGGUCCUCCAACGCCCGUGUCCCCGGAAUCGAAUCCGGUCGAGACUAAGACGGAAGAAUUGAGCGACGGCGAAUCUCUGCCCGGCCCGAAGCCUAAAGGCCGGCAGCCAAAGUCCGUGACUGCACGCAGAAAGCACAACAAGGGCGGCGAUGCAGUCGACUACGUCGAUGAAGAAGCCUUCAGAGAUUUCGACUACCGUAUCCACGAUAGUGGAGAAUACACCGCAGAGAGGUGUGAGGAACUUGAAACCGCUUACUGGAAGUCGUUGAUGUUCAACAACCCGUUGUACGGUGCCGAUAUGCCUGGUUCCCUUUUCGACGAUGACAUCACAACUUCCUGGAACGUCGCCAAAUUACCGAAUUUACUGGACGUGCUCGGACAGAAAGUACCGGGUGUCAAUACCGCGUAUCUCUACCUGGGCAUGUGGAAAGCCACGUUUGCCUGGCACUUGGAGGAUGUGGAUCUAUACAGCAUAAACUAUAUUCAUUUCGGUGCCCCGAAACAGUGGUACAGUAUAUCUCAAGAGGACGCUCCUCGGUUUGAACAGGUCAUGAAGAGUAUUUGGCCGAGUGAUGCCAAGAGCUGCGACCAAUUCCUUCGUCACAAAACCUAUCUUGUUUCGCCCAGCCUACUGAAAUCUCAGUAUGGCAUCACCGUCAACAAACUGGUGCAUUAUGAGGGCGAAUUCGUCAUUACCUACCCUUACGGCUACCACUCUGGCUACAAUCUGGGUUACAACUGUGCUGAAUCCGUCAACUUCGCGACGGAGAAGUGGCUGGACUACGGUCGUGUAGCAAAGAAAUGCCACUGCGAAGCCGACAGUGUCUGGAUCGAUGUAGAUGAGAUCGAGCGAAAACUUCGCGGCGAGGCAACGCCGGAAUUCUACGGAGAAUACGACAGUGAUCUGGAUGCGAUGGAGGGUGCAUCAGACCUCCUGACGCCGCCUCGGAGUGUACCUGAGAAAACUUCUACUCGAGGGCGCAAACGGAAGCAGGAUGGCGAAACCACGAAGGCGAAACGUAUGCGGAUAAGUAUGGAUGUUCCUCGGAAAAUCCCUUGUGUCCUCUGCCCCAACGAUCUCGACUAUGAGGAUCUGCUACCCACAGAGGAUGGCAAGGCUCAUGCUCAUCGACGUUGUGCUCUGUAUACAGAGGAGACGAGUAUCCUCCGGGACGAGAGUGGCCGCGAGGUGGUUUGUGAUGUGGAUAAAAUCCCCAAGGCCCGGAUGGGUCUCAAGUGUCUCUUCUGCCGCGAGGUGCGCGGCGCCUGCUUCCAGUGCAAUUUCGGCAAAUGUACCCGGUCCUAUCAUGCCACUUGUGCACUUUUGGCUGGCGUGCAAGUGGAGGAAGGUUUGAUCACCGUGAUCGCCGAGGAUGGCGAGCAGUACUCGAUCCCUAGCGUGGAUCUCAAAUGCAAAUACCACCGCCAAAAGAAGCCGUCAUGGAUGGGCAACAGCGAUUCGCUCGAGUGCGACCGGAAACUCAUGCAGACCGCAGGGCGAUUGGUGGCUGGGGAUUUAGUGCAGUUCCAGGCGGACAAGGAAAUCAAUGGGGCAGUGGUGCUUGACAACCGACAAGAGGAACGAACGUUGCUGGUCAAGGUGCUCCCUCGAGGGGAUGUAAUCGAAUUACCAUACAGGUGGAUGCUCAUGGUUCGACGGAGCAAUUUCUCACCGCUGGCACCAGGAACCAAGCCUCUUCCUGCCCACUUGGCUCGGAAGCCCGAGAGCCGGAAAGAGUUGGAAUCAGCCGUGCCGGUGGCAGGAAAUCCGUUUGGUGAUGGAGACUCCCCGUAUCAGUGGGCCGAAUUCGAGACGGUGGACAGCACUAGUUACCACAUUGCCCCACCAUCGGCGCCCAUCAACCUCAUGCAGGGCGAGCAGCAGAUCUGGUAUUACCUGGGCGAAUCUUCUACUGAAUGUAGGGCUCAGUAUACGCACAACCCUACUGUGCCUGUCCACAACCCGCGGGCGAAUUUCCUGGACAGCGUUAAGUCUCUUGGCGCUGUGAUGGCCCGGGUCCCCUCUUACUACCCCCACCAUCCUCUCCCUGCCACGACUACGUAUGCCCCUCACCUCGCUGGCCUUUCUCCUCACCACCUGUCGCUUCCCACCGCCUCUGCUGUCGCUGCUACUGCUGCUGCUGCUGCUUCUGCCGCUGCCGCCAAAACCACGCAUCCCACCACUACCGCUGCCGCUGCUGCCGCCGCCGCCGUCGCUGCUGCUGCUGCUCCCCGCUCUUCAUUGCUGCAGCAUUCUUCUCUUGCCCCUCCACGUUCUACAUUUUCUGCUGCUGCUGCUGCUGCUCCUCCGCCCCCUACUGCGAUGCCGUCUGCUUACCGCACCCUACCAACGCAAUCUGCCCGUCAUGCCCCGUACCCGCACGUCACCAAGUCGCACUUGCAGUCCCAUGCUCGUCAUCAGCACUCACAGGCUCACCCCGUCCAUCAAUAUUCGCCGUCACAAUUAUUACAACAGCAGCAGCAGCAGAACAAUCACAAUCACCACCUCCCUGCGAAUAAUUUUGCCAAUGUCCGGGAGCUGAUCGCUCGCCGUCGCCUGGCUCAGAUCACCGACCACGCCAAUGUCUUCGCCGGUUAUACUAUUGUCAGUCCUGAGCUGGUCGUUGAGACGCUGCUGGGUCCGAUGGGCUCCGUCCCACCGCCUAAUGGCCUGGAGAAGCUGGAACUAGCCAUGGCUCAGCAGCGAGUGCAACCUCGAGCGCCUGAUGGCUCCCUCCUUUCGCUACAGCCCCUAAACAUGCGAUCAGAGGAGGUGACUCGGUUGUUGCAGAUGCUCCGCUUCUCGCUGGUGAGUCAUCGGGACCGGCUCGACGUGCUGCAAAAGAAGGAGCCGGAGCCCAUCAAGCAAGAGGCGGUGAGUGGCAGCGGCUUGGCAGUUGCGAAAGUGCCACGCACCUACGCUUAUCUCGAGCAGCAGCGUGAGCAGGCCCCGACCGUCUACCAGUCUCCUUAUGACAUGCCAUCUGGCUUCACGGAGUAUGCUCAGAAGACAUUCGGUUUGACCCGCGUUGACCCUGAAUUGCCUCGGCCGUCUCUCGCCAACGACUACUUCGCCAGUCUUUCCCCCGCCGAUCAAGAGAAGAUUCUUAAGACUUGUGGUAGUUUCGUGCAACGGGCCAUUGAACGGUCGGCCAGCCAUAGCCGUCAGAAUUCAUCUUCCAACCUGCGCCUGGCCACGGCUCUAGCCCGACAGACGGAGAACCCGACGAUUGAUAUCACGACGGUGGAGGACAUGCCGUUCCCCGGCCUCGACCUACCAUUGCACGCCGACUCUCCCUGCUCCAACUUCAGCCGAUCGCAUUUGCGGUUCCAGUCUCCAAAUGACUUUGCUCAUCACGGACCGGAACCUCAUCACGAUCACCAUGAUCUUUUUGGCGAUCAGCAGGCAAACACGAGGUUCUGGCAGCAUGGGCCGUGGGCUGCCGGCGAUGGCAACACCCCCAACGAAGAGAGCCGGCCCUUCUUUGGUCCCCACGAGCGACUCAAGCAUGACUAUGCGUCAUCCGACAUCUCUCUGGGCCGCGGAGGUCCUGGUUCUUUGCACUCGGUCGACAUGGCUGGGUUUGGCAUGGACGGGACAGAAGACAUUGGCGCGGUGCUCAGCCCCUAAGCGAGGGGCCGUCUCCUCGCGACUCGAUUUAUAUGCCUGCGACGAUUUUUGCAUCCUCAACAUUUCUCCCGACUAUCAUCACCAUGUAACGACUUAUCUGGAUUGACGACUGCAUGACUGGGCGUUUGCGAUUCUAUUUUUGUGCCUCUCUCUUUCCGGACGAUGAUCAUUCGCCAUGAAGUCGACACUAGCUGGCUAGUCGUCGUUCAGAUUGGGGCCAUGUUCCAAGGAGGCCUUUGAUCAUCUCCUUUCAUUUCUCCCAGCAGG